AUGGCCACGAGUCUUCAAGAGCAUAUCCAAUGCCAGGAAACGCCAACGGAAAUUAACGAAAAUGAAUGUCAUGGGAAGAAACCAAUCUUCUGUGAACCAUGCCAGUAUGAUGACUCAUUUGUAGAAGCAACGGGAUUUUGUGUGACAUGUUCCGAGUAUUUGUGUCAGACCUGUUGUCGCGAUCACAAAAGAAACAAAGUAACAAGAGAACACUCACUAUUAAAGAAUGAUGAUAUUCCCGUGGACAAAACGCCGUUCACGACCAUAAAGCAACUGUCGACCUGUGAAACUCAUCCUGAUAAUGACAUCGCAUACGAAUGCGGAGACCAUGAAGUCUUCGUUUGCGUUUUCUGUCUCACUGAGACUCAUCGGAAAUGCGAAAAUGUCCAUGAUCUAGGGGCUGUUGAUUCUUUCGAUUCGGAUAUUAACAUAAUGGCAGAACUUCAAGACAGAAUACAGGCUUUACAAUCACAAAAGGAAAAGCAACGAAAGACAAUUGAAAUAGAGCAACAAGAGAUUAAAACCAACAUUCAAAGUUUGGAAGAGAAAUGGAAGGACCAUAUAACCGGCUUGGGAAAUGACCUUGAAACACAGUUAAGCGAAAUGUCGAUCUCCGAGACGAAGAAACUGAUCGAACAUAUUAACGGCUGUCAAGAAAUCCAGACUGAGAUAAACAGGAAUAAGUCAUUGAUAGACACGCUUAUGAAACACGGAACUAAGCGUCAAAUCUCUGUUGUUCUGAGUCGAACGACCCAUGCACGCGCUAAUCUGAAAGAGAAACUUCAGACACUGGAACGUCAGCGUCAACAAAGUAUCGUCCUUAUGAACGUCAAAGAACUUUAUUUGCUAACAACGAUCGCCGAGUUAUCUAUAGAAGAGGAGGGCAAAAAUGAACUUGACGUCUUGGAACACACAAGCGAUGAAGUGCUUGUCACUUUACAUUCUGAAAAUGAACCAAGGGAGACAAUCGAUAAAUCCAUACAGACCAGUUUUGAUGCCGCAAACUGCGAUGCAAACAAAAGGUCGCCAAAAACGCCAAAGAAAAUAGAUAAAUCCAUACAGGCCAGUUUUGAUGCCUCGAAUCCUGGUGCAAACAAAAAGUUGCCCAAAACGCUAAAGAAAAUAGAUAAAUCCAUACAGGCCAGUUUUGAUGCCUCGAACCCUGGUGCAAACAAAAAAUUGCUCAAAACGCUAAAGAAAAUAGAUAAAUCCAUACAGACUGUCUCUCAUGUUGCUAUCCCUGAUGCAAAACAAAGGUCAUCCAAACGGUUUUUAGAAAGACAAAUCGGGCAAAAAAUAACUAUAUUCAAUGUUAAAACAGAGACUGACGUAUACACGUGCAGUAUUUUUGCCGUUUACUUAACGGAGUACGGAGUCCUCGUUGCUGAUUAUGGCAACAGCAAACUUAAGCUCAUCAAUCGUAAAUUUGAAUUAAUUUGUGAACACUCGCUGCCCGGACAGCCGGUCGAUAUGUGCUGCGAUGGAGAGAAUUGCUAUGUCUGUUAUUCAGACCUAAAGAAAGUGACAGCACUGUGCAUAAACAAGACAUCCAUUUGGAGUUGUUAUGAAUAUUACACCAAAUAUCAACCCCUUAGUCUGACUGUGUUCGACUCUCGACUUAUGAUUUUGUUUGCGUGUGAUAAGAAUUUUGACAACACUGAAGCUGACGAUGUACAUAUUGAAAUUCGAAAGGGAAGUUCAAUAAAUGUUUUCAUCUAUAAACCCUAUAACAACGGUUUUAAAGAAAUAAAAGAGGCAAAGCGAAUUUUUCUCUUCGAUGCGUCUUCCAUAGUUCUAUCGGAAAACACGAGGGUGUCCUGCUAUACGGUUGACACUGAAACAGAAGAACUACCAGAUCGAAAAUGGUUCUACAAAUCAUAUCAACAAAACGUUCUGGAAAAAUCGAAAGGGGUCGCGAAAGAUAGUGAAGGGAAUGUCUAUAUUUGUGGUGAAGAUUCCAACAACGUUCAUCAGGCGUCGUCUGCAAAUUACAGACGUAACCGUGUGAUUGUUCAGAACAUCAAUAGCCCAAUGUGUGUUGCUCUGGACGAUCAGAAAGAUAGACUCAUAAUCGGAUGUCGCGAUGAUAAUUAUCUGCAUGUAUACUCCUUCAAAUAA